GUUAAGAAGUUAACAAACACGUCGGAUUUAAAAAUUUAAUUGAAUUGUAUAGAAAUAAAUAUGUGGUUAGUUUUGUUAAGUAUAUUGGCCAUUGAAAGUGUCCAAUCAGUAGCCAUUGGCUAUCCAUAUCGUUCACUAUGGGCCUACAAUUCUGCCCAGGAACAGUAUCCACUUAAUAGUGGUGCUUUACAUGGUUAUUUGCGCUAUUUGGAUAAUAGUGGAGCUGAAGGUUUAGUUGGCUACAACAAUCCUCAACCAGUUUAUGCUGUACGUCAGAUUAAGUACGUGAAAAGCGCUGCACCCGUGCUCGAAACAUUUGUCAUAAAUAAAUCGGACGAUUUUGCUAAGAAUCGCGAGGCAUAUCUUCGUGCUGCGUCUUUGCAACAAUAUCAGAACUUGAAAAGUGACAUAGACGCCUUAAGGAACGAGGGUAAAGAACCAUCUGUUGAUAGAUUGUUGAAGUUGCAAACAUUGGAAAAAAUUGCAUUUGCCUCUGAUUUUUCACUCAUUGCCGAAUUGCCUGAAGUGAAACGUACUCUACAAGACGUCGAAGCUAGCAUAAGUGGUUUAUACAGGGAAUCUGUUCCACAAUCCCCGAAUCAACAAGCUAAUGAUGAUCAAAGCAAAGGAGAGAUUAAGACUUAUAUUGGCAACCCGAAUAUACCUUUAGUAGCCAUAGAAGAAACGCCAGAACAAAAACAGGCCCGUGAAGAACAUCUACGUAUUUACAAUGAGCAAAUUGCACAUUUAAAACAAUUGGAAUUGGAACACAAACAAUAUGUGCAAGAAGCUUCCAAAUCCAACAUUCAACAAUCGCGAAAUGUUGACAAAACUGUUGUUGAGCCAACAGACAACGAUAAGGCUUUGGCAGAGUUAGAACGUGCCCAGCAAGAACACUUCCGUUUAUGGAACGAAGCCAAAUUACGUGCCGAACAAGCUGGUUAUGAAAGUGGUGAAAAGAGGAUUUUCGAAACAGCUAAGAAACAACAGAUCUCCCCAUUGACAAAUGAACAAAAUAUUAAUAAUCCUAGACAAAAUAAUCCAAAUAUCCAAAGUGCGCAAGCUUUAGUACAACACAAAAACAGUCCGAAAAUGUCUAUUUCAAAUUUGGAAACAACGCAACUAGUCGCUGAUACACCCGCAAUUUUAAAGAAUGCACAAAACAAUCAAGCUUUAGUUGGCAAAGCAAUUGAUACACAGAAUUUAAAAACAUCUGGCCAAAUUUAUGUGCCGCAGCAGGUGGUCGAUACUCCUGAGGUUGUGCGGGCACGUGAGGAACAUUUACGCAUCGUUAAUGAAGCUAUCCUAAGAGCUAAGGCUGCAGAACAACAAGCACAAAGUUCGCAAAAUGCAAAAAUAUCCCCAGACUCGAUCAGCCAGGAAGUACCAAUUGCCCAAUCACAAAGCAUAGAAGGUUCCUCUCUAGCAUCAAAUUACAGAGCAGAGCAACCUUUGGUAGUACAAACUCCCGAAGUUAUUAAGGCCCGUGAAGAACAUUUACGUUUAGUCCACGAGGCAAACUUGAGAGCACAAUUUGUAGAACAACAGGAAUUGAUGUAUAAACACCAAUCUCAAACCCCCAUCUUGAAGACGCAAUAUGAACAUCAGCAAUUGGUUUAUCAUGCAGAACCCACACAGAUUGUACAAGAAACUCCGGAAGUUGUUAAAGCACGUGAAGAACAUUUGCGUUUGGUUAAUGAAGCUAAAUUAAAUGCUUAUCUAGGGCAGCAGAAUGAUAAACGUAUAAUUUUUCCUUCUCAAGAACAGCAACAAUCCGCCGAAACACUAGUUGUUGAAGAAACACCAGAAGUACAACGUGCUCGUGAAGAACAUUUGCGAAUUUUUAACGCCAUCAAGUCACAAGCAGAGCAAGACAAACAGGCUAAAGAAAGCAGUCGUAUUUUCCCACAUCCAGAGUCCCAACAAAAUCCUAUAAUAGAAUAUUCAAUUGAAGAAGAACGUCUCCUGGAAUUAGAACGCAUGCGUGAAGCAGAACGUCUGCAAAAAGAACAGCAACUGCUAGAUUUGGACCGUAUACGUGAUGCUGAGCGUUUAGCCGAGGAAAAACGUCAAAUGGAAGCCGAAUUAAUACGCCUUAGGUUAGAAGAAGAACAGCGUUUAGAAAUGGAACGUUUGCUGGAACUCAAACGUUUGCAACAAGAACAAGAAGAACUGCAACAACUCAAAAAUGGUGAAUAUCAAGAAGUUAUAAUACAGAAUGACUCUGCUGAUGAACAAAUUGCGAUUGUAGCCAGCACACAACCCAUCAACACGAACAUAGGCCAAGCACGAAGUCAACAAAUCUCAGAAGUGGUAGGACAACAAAAUCAACAAUAUGAACAUAAUCCAUUUCUCAAAGUGAGCAAUGUUCAGAGUGAACCAGCCAACCGUUUAGAACAUUCAGUUAAUGAACACAUUUCCCACCUCAAAACCACUGCCUUACAGGAUCCCUCCAGUAUUUAUCAGCAUAAUUCCGUAACAUCCAACAGUGCAGGACACUCAAGCGUUAACGCCCUUCCAGUUGUUCGUUAUGUACAGUCCUCCCAUUAUUCCAGUGGAAAUAAACAACAAUACAUCAAAGAUGACACUACUAAACACAAAUCCCAUCAUAACACUGCUAGUUCUCAACCAGCUGAUACUGCUGUAGCAUUAAUUGCUUUGGAAAAGGCUACCAACGACCAUUUCCGAGCUCAUGAAUUGGCCUUGGAACAACUUCGUUUGGCCAGACUUCAGAAUCCAUCAGUUAAAGACUGCAACUAAUCAGUUUUAUUUGGCAAUUACUCAGAUCA